AUGGGUGGAGCCCCCUCUUUUCUGUACAGCUCCUAUCAAGGAGGCUUCAUAUUUCGGCAGUUCCAAUUUGCAAACUACACUAAUCGUGAUUAUGGAAACACUGGAAAGGGAUCCUUGAGGCUUCAGCUGAUAAAUCAGAGAGAGGGUUUCUCAUUUGUAUUGUUCUCUGGAGGCCUGUCGAAUCCGAAGCUCAUCGCCCACUCAAAGAGUGUUACUUUCAUCAACCCAAAGGCUCCAGUGUACCCGCGCUUAGCACAGGGAAAAUCCUGGAAUGAAUGGGAUCAAUUCACUGCACAGGUUGAGCCCAUUGCUUCCACUGUGCCUUACAUGGUUGCGAGUGGUAACCACGAAAGAGAUUGGCCUGGAUCAGGAUCUUUCUACGGAAAUCUUGACUCAGGCGGCGAAUGCGGGGUACCAGCUCAGAAUAUGUUCUACGUGCCAGCAGAAAACCGCGAGCAGUUCUGGUACUCAAUGGAUUACGGGAUGUUCCGUUUCUGCAUAGCCAAUACCGAGUUGGACUGGAGGCCAGGCACGAAGCAGUACAGGUUCAUCGAGCACUGCCUGUCGUCUGUUGAUCGGCAGAAACAGCCGUGGCUCAUCUUCCUCGCGCACCGUGUUCUGGGUUACUCGUCCGCCACCUUCUACGCGGACGAAGGAACAACCGAGGAGCCCAUGGGACGCGAGAGCCUUCAGUCACUCUGGCAGAAGCACAAGGUCGACAUCGCUAUGUAUGGCCACGUCCACGGCUACGAACGGACCUGCCCAGUAUACGAGAUCGCGUGCGUGGCCAAGGGGUCUGACCUCUACACCGGCGCCUUCACGGCGACGACGCACGUCGUGGUGGGCGGCGGCGGCGCCAGCCUCGCCGACUACACAGCCGUGCGGGCGCGGUGGAGCCACGUGCGGGACCACGACUUUGGGUUCGCGAAGCUGACGGCGUUCAACCACACGACGCUGCUGUUGGAGUACAAUAAGCGCCGGGACGGCAGCGUGCACGACCACUUAACAGUCUCCCGCGACUACCGCGACGUCCUGGCCUGCGGCGUCGACAACUGCCCGAGCACCACCCUGGCGUCAUGA